CUACCAAUGAGGAAGCUGCAGUGUCAUGCACUGAACAUGCUGAUACAUCAUGCCCCGCCCAUCAGCUCUGGCGACGAGUAGUGACGUCGUUGUACGUACGCAGGCGCGCUCUGAUGCGGAAGUGGCUGGAUCCCAGGUACCGCCGAGUGACAGGCUGCUGGGUAACUCUAUAGCGGGCAUUCACUCAGUAUGGGCCAAGCACGAGGGAAACUGCUCAUACUGAGGGAAUACACCGCUACACCUUUAUAUAAAAUAAUACCGAGGGCUGCAUCAGCAAUGUGGUGUAACUCCUAAAUAAUGGCAGAUAAUGUAGCAGUGAGCCUGCAGGGGCAUGAUCUACAUCGAAACUGACUAAUUUAUUAUGUUAUCUUAUUUUAUUAGAAGCACCUGCUGAGUGUAGCAUUAUAUUCUGCGUGCAGCCACUCACAAUGUUUCAAUGGUGAUUAAAAGGAAGAACAAGCACCAUAACCACUACAGUGCGCCCACCAGAUACUGCUCCUCGCCUCCACUACUGCCGACAGAGAUUUCGAAGUUCCCAAGCAGACGUGUCCAUUAGCUGUCUUGUGCUAAGCUUGCUCAUUUGCUAAGAGUGUCAGGAGAUCAUUCUCAGCCAGUGAGCUAUGCCCUGCAUGCCUUAUUCUCAGACAGAUCUUCCCGCACUCUCUGUAAAGUAGUGGAGGCAGGAAGUGGCUGGCAUUUUAAUACGGUGACUCCGUACAAUGGCGGGGUAACCAGACUCUGGUUAUGGUGCUUGCAGUAUUCAUUUAACCCUUUCUUUGCUGCCAGUUUUAGCUCCAAAACUUACUCGUCCUGUGCAACCAGUUAAGCAUGCAUUUGUAUUCUCAAGACUUUUCUCCAUUCUCCACUAUAACCCAUAAAAAAAAAAAAUAUAAAAUUAAUGACUUUUUUUUUUUUUUUUUUUGCAAAAUAACCUCUCUUUCCUUUUUUCAGAUCAUGUCUCCAUUAUUUGGAGCCAAAACAAGCUCUAAUUUAAUGCUUUCAGCCUUCUAUAUUCUAUGUGUAUUUAUCAUUUUUAAAAAUUUUUUUUUAUUUAAACAAGACAUUUAAAGGAACAGUAUAGUCGUCCAGACCACUUCAUCUCUUUGAAGUAGUCUGGGUGCACUGUCUCAGUCCCACUUAGUCCUGCAAUGUAAAUCAUUGCAAUUUUAGAGAAACUGCAAUGAUUACAUUGCAAGACUAAGACUGCCUUUAGUGGCUGUCAAUCAUACAGCCACUAGAGGCACUUCAUAGUGGAUGUCCAACUUUUUUGAUCGCCUAACUGACUCUAGAAUUCCUCACGUUUUGCAAGUGGACAUGCAGCGUCAGUAAAAUCCCCAUAGGAGAGCAUUGGGGGUCAGAGGGAUAUGACCUUGUAAUCCUUACCCUAUAGAAUACCUUACAUUUUUUUGUACUUAGUGGUAAAAGUGAAUGGAUGUGCAAAUACACGGGAAUACACAUGAGCUAUCAAGCAAAGUAAAGUAUAUGUUUGGGGCUGUUCACAUGACCUCCAAGUAACCAGAGAGAUAAUUAAAAUUUGUCUCCCAUUUAAAAGAGAAUUAAGUUUACAAAUUAGACUUCAAGCACCAUGAACACUUUAAAGCAUUGGCUUUGUCAUGGUGCUUGGAGUAACCCCUUAAAGAGGAUUUAAAAAAAAAAAAAAAAAAUCUAGAUGCAAGAAAAUAAUCUAAAAUCAUUUUGGUAAACACUUUUUUUUUUUUUUUUAUUUUUAUUGUGCAAAGGAUUGACAUACAGAUUCGAAAUGCCAUGAUGGCAGCAAUAAUCAUUCAAUAAACAGACAUCAAAAUGUUGUGUCAUAGCGUUAGAGGAUUGUGCACAUUUUUUAGGUAUAUUAAAACAAGCUUAACUGUGCAUCUAAAACAGAAGAUCUGACUAUAAUGCGUGUUUUAUCAUGCUGGAGUUGCACACCACAUUUAUUCGCUACUGGCCCUGCUGACAUUUAUACAGCCUUGGCUAACUGUGAUGAUGGGAGAAUGCAAUUCCUUAUGGUUAGCAAAAUAAGUAAGAUAAAACAAUAAGGGAUAAUAGAGCUUAAUGACGUUACUGGGUGCCUGUUCGGCCAGAGGUAUUAAGUAUCAAGCUAUGGGGAGAUCAAGUUAGGCUAGCUAGGAUAGGUAUUGCUGUGUGUGGCCUAACGUGGUGGGAGGCCUGUGACAGGAUAUGGCCCUACGUUUACAGCUACCCGAUUCCCCUCAUUGGGUAUCUACAGUCUCAGUCCGUGGAGUGUCCGAUCAGGCCGGCUGAGUACAAGACCUUGUCUGUCCCUGGUGAACUCAGGUGAAUACAGGCUUGGGAAGUAGCGUUGGUCUUCACCUGGGCCAGCGACCCUCCUUCUUGGUGCCUCUCCUUGUGAUGGGCAGGGUCUCUCCAAGGGUGCGCGUUGUGCCGCCGGCGGUAGGGCUCCGCCAUAGCGAGUCGGUGGAAUCCAGCCGGCCCCCUUGCCUCCUUCGACUCAGCGGCAACUCACCUGGAGGCCUGUGAGUAGUUUUGCAUGCUGGCACUCCAUUGCCUCUCUUCGAACUUGCGCCAAAAUUCUGUAAAAAUAGCGUCCAGCCGUGCUAGAGUUUCCCUCGGGCCUUUUGGCAAGUUGUGGGGUCUUGCACACUCUGCAUGCGGCCAUCUCGGUUGGCAGCCAGGCCCCACCCCCCAUUUUGGUAAACAUUUAGCAUUUUAUUAUGUGAUUUGCAUUCUCUUUUUGUGUAUGCAGUUUUGUUUUUAUAUUGUCUGUCCAUUGAGCUUUGCAGAUUAGGCUAGCUAAUAUUCCUAUCUCUUGCAGAACUCCUAAAUCAUGCCUGAAUGGGGGUCUUAUUAUUUUAAGGAGGAGGGUGAUGAGGAAGAGGAACAAGAAGAUGGAGAAGCAGAAACUAGUGGUACGUGUGAAAAUAUUUUUAUAUAUAUAUUCAUUGUAAUUUCUUGGAUAUAGCUUCAUUACAACUUCUAGAAUCAGACUAAAAAGCUAUUAAAAUCAGUUCCUGAUUAAGAUGAAAAGAUGGGACCUUCUUGGGACAAGACACAUGGCAACUUUUUAGUCACAUUUGUUUAGGUUGGACCUGCAAAUAUGUACUCAUAAGAGGUAGGGGUAUGUUGCCGUGCAAUCCCCCUAAUUUAUAUCGGUUAUAUGCACAGAGCUACUCCAUUUUGUAUUUACACAUACAAAUGGCAUUGUGAGGAAAGCUCCCGUGUCACAGCCUUCUGGAGAGGUGUCAAAACUAGCUUACUGCCCACAGACUAUGGGCCUGGUAACAGAAGCCCCUAAAACUUGCUGUUGUCCUUGUGGGUAAGGGGCACCGGAUGUUUGUUGUAUUACAACCGAAUCCCAGUACCCAAAGACCCUUUGUCUGUUGUUUCAUUGUGUUACUAUGAAUGCCUGUAUGUUCCCCAAUAUGAUUUGGUCCUGUGUAUUAAACUGAAUGUAUUGAUUGUUUAGGUUGUAUAUGCCUUUCCCUCUCUACCAUGUUCCUGUCUUAUUGUUCUCUCAGAAGGGCACUGUUCCAGGGACACCUUCAGACCAGUUCCAAGUGAUUGCAUUGCCACUCAUUUAAAUCAUGUGGUGCUCAACCCUUGCUAUUGUAUGUCCCCAGCCUUCCUGGAAAUUACAGUGCUCAAUUCACACUGGUUGUAAGCUUUGUAGUAUGAUUGGUUGAUAUCUAAAGUCCAUACUGUUAUUGGUUGACCUAGGAUAUGUCCUAUUGCUAUUAGGUACCACUGGAAUUCUGCUGUAUGUAAAUGAGGCUUGGAGUAUGAAUAGAUGUGCUGUUUUCAAUAAAGGUGGUUUUUGGUUUUAAUCUUCACCAAGUGUUGUCUGGGAAACGGGCUAUGAUCACUGCACUGCUGGAGAUAGGGUUUCCAGAGAUAGAAUCACAGGGUGGAAAAGACCCUCAGAGAUCUCAGUCAAGCUUUUGCGACUUAGUCUGAAGUGCUCCAGGAUUCCUUAAAGCAGUGAGGAAGCAGACUGUGCAGAGGUACUCUGCAAAAGUAUGGCAGCUCUGUCACAAUUACUUUAAUAAGACUGUUUUUGUGCGUUCAGUACUAGUUUAGGUGUUGCUAUACCCACCAUUUAGGCAAAACUUUUUUUUAAGUAUAUCCACUAAGAAGGAUGCAGCAAAUGAACGCAAGUACACCCCCACAUCAUGACGUAUUUCUAAUUUUUUACAGGAAAAAAGGAAAUUGGGGUCACAACUGGAAAAUACCACAACCCAGAAUUGGUACACUGCAAAUACCAAAUAAAGACCAAGGAACAGCGCUACACAAAAAGAAUAGUUUAAAAUUUUAUAAGGCUUCCCAUAAUCACCUAUCCUUGCAAACAAGCACAGGGACUCACUUAGAUCAGGGCUCGACAAAUCACAGGCGCCAGGUCGCCAUGGCGACUAGAAAUUUCGCCCUGGCGCCCUGGAUGUCAGCCUUUUAAUUAAGGAGGCCACCCGAGGAAGCAUUAAAGCUGGCCUCAGUGGGGAACACUGGAGCCGGCCACAUCCGUGCUCAACAGGGUUACGUUGGCCAUAUUCUUUAUACAAUUGGGGCAGCGUGGCGCCCGCGGGAGCAUGGUGUCCGCCCGCGGGAGCAUUGUAGGCGGCGUGCAAGGAGCUCCUCUCUGCUUCCUUGCGCACUGUUUAAUGAUGCCAGGAGUCGGAAUAUGAUGUCACUUUGGCCCCCUGCAUCACUCUAGAGAACCUGAGGGAGCAGAGAGGAGCUGCAGCUAGAUUACUGCUCCCUCUCACGCAGGGACAGUAGCCCCAUGGGACCUCAGGGAAAAAAUCCACUCAGCUUGCCCAAAGGUAGGGAGGCUGGGUGGAUUUUUUAAUUAAAAUAAAAAUGUCAGUCUGUCAGUGUGUGUGCCCCUGUCAGAGAGUGCGUGCGUGUGUGUGUGCCCCUGUCCGAGAGUGUGUUUGUGUGUGCCCAUUUGUCAGUGUGUGUGUAUAGGUACCUGCCCCCUCCAAUCGCACGACAAAGGUGUUUUACUCACCUUUUAUCGCCGUGGCUGGUCCUGUCUCCAUGGCUGAGAUCAUCUAUCUUUAUAAUCUCCGCUAACCCAAUACUUUUCUAUAGGAAAGCAUUGGGAGGAUAUUGCGCAUGCGCAGCGAAACUGUGCCAGUCAGCAUCUCCUCAUAGAGAUGUUUUAAAUCAGUGAUCUCUAUGGGGAACAUUCAACGCCUCCAUGCAGAGUGUGGAGACUCUGAACGUAGGUACUGCACACAGUGUUUACAAUGAAAGGCCUGCAGGUACAGGCUAUAGACACCAGAAUAACUACAUUAAGCUGUAGUGGUGUCUAUAGUGUCACUUAAGAAUUGCAUUUUUCUCGUUGAAAACUAAACUUAAAAUUAAUUUGAAAAAACUGGCUCCUAACUUUUUAGCUGGCUCCUAGAAUCCAAACAAAUUUGUCAAGCCCUGAACUAGGUCAUAUGGCCACAUUGUGUCAAGCCCACCUGAGCUAUUUUUAUAGGAUAGGUGAUUUUGAGUAGCCUUGUAAAAUGUAAAGCCGUUUUUUUUUUGUUUUUUGUGUGUGUGAACUGUUCAUGGUUCUUUAUUUGUAUUUCUUAUUUUUGUAAUAUGUUUUCAAAUUAUUCUUUGUAUGUGUAUAAAAUCUUUAAUUAAAAUGUAACUCAAAAACAAACCAAAACUAUGUAUUACAAGAAAAGUUAAACCUAACUUGUCUUCCUUUCUUUAUUCUUCUUCUUUCUUUUUUUUUCUUCCAAAUAUAAAGUUGACUUUUUUUAUUUUUAGAGUAUCGUUUUGGCGGUCGAGACUGCUUAAUAUUCCUUGUUGAUGCCUCUAAGUCUAUGUUUAACCAACUCAACAAUGAUGGAUUGUCUCCAUUUGACCUUACUCUUCAGGUGAAAUAUGUAAACAUUCCUACAAUAAUAUUUUGCUCCACCUUUUUAAUUUUUCUGAUAUUUCUGCUUUUUCAUAGAUAUACAGUGAUAGUCUCACUGUUUAUUUCUCUGCCAUUUAGUAUUUAAAUCACUGGGUGCCAGGUCCAGGUCCUGAGUUAGAACAAUGUACAAAUUACAUUUUAUAUAUUACUAGGCUAAAAUUCAGUCAUUAAACUAAAGUCCAUUGCUGUGAACUGUACUUUUCUUUUUUUACCAGUGUAUUCGUAACGUCUACACCACUAAGAUCAUAAGCAGUGCACAAGACCUCUUAUCUCUGGUGUUCUUUGGUACCAAGGAGAGCAAGUCUGAUGCUUUCAAACAUAUCUAUGUUCUUCAUGAUCUGGAAAGCCCAGGUAGGGAAAUGCAGACAAUAUUAGAACUGAAGUAAAAUACACGUAUGUAUUUGUUUUCUGUAUACAUGACCAUGUAAUUACAGUAUAUUAGAUUUUGUUCUGUAGUAUUUUCUGUAACCCAAUAAACCGGUACAUUUCAAAGUACAUUCAUGAAGGUUGGUUUAUGUAUCUUGGACAUGUAGUAUAUUUUAGCAUUUCAAUGUGUAAUUUUAAUAUGCCCAAUAAAAGCAAACUGAAAUUCAUGCAAAUCUAUUAACAUGUAAAUAUUUGGAUUGAGCAUUGAUGACAAGCUGAGCGUACAGAGGAACUUUUGUCAUUUGUCAUGUUUAAGGCAGUGAUAGGGGAUUACAUUUUUGCUAUUACUGCAAGGCUUAUAAGGGAUGAACUGGUAAAUAAUAUGCUGAAUCUCCAGGGCAAUCUAACAUUUUUGUAGUACACUGUUUUAAUUACUCGCAGUUGAAACAAAACUAUUUCUGUACCAGCCUGACCCGACUGUAGUAAAUAAAACCCACUUUAAAGGAACACUAUAGUGUCAGGAAUACAAACAUGUAUUGCUGACACUAUAGUUCUAAUGAUGCUGUUUAGGUGGCUGGCCCCACUUGUUCCCUUUAUUAAAAGGGGUUUUACUCACCUAUUUUAAAAAUAAAAAUAAAAAUUAUUUUGUGCUGUGCGCGUCUCUGCUUCGCCUCCUUUGCUUAUAUCAUCAAGCUUGAUGAUGUUGGCCAAUCCCAUGCUUUCCCAUAGGAAAGCAUUGGGGGGCUAUUGCAGGUGCACGGAAAACUGCCGCGCUGUGCCAAUUAGCAUCUCUAUGGGGAGCAUUCUAUGUCACAUUGUGCAACACUGACCAAUGAAGCACUUCUAGUGGUGUUCCUAAGCAGUAAUGUAAACACUGCCUUUUCUCUGCAACAUUUAGCUGUAGUUGUUCUGAUGACUGUAGUGUCCCUUUCACCGGUCUCAAUGCAUCAACAUACAAAUAUGUACAGCCUACUGGACUGAGACACUUUUUGUACUUAUGCUAAUUAGAUUUUCAAUUUUCACUGAACAUUCAAUUUUUUUUAUGGUCAGUCCGUUUUUCGGUGGUAUGUUCUAUGAUUCUUUGAGACAGUGUAUCUUACUCAUUAACGCCUAUUAAAAUUGAAUAACUAUCAGUUUGUCUGAAAGAAUAAGAAAGCCAGAGUUCAAGAGUUGACUCUUUGUGCUUAUACCAAAACGUGAUUUCAUAGGAAUUAUUAUUUUAAUCCCUAACUAUAUAUUUGUUAUUGUGAACCAGCUAGUUUUUAGUCCAAGUUGAAUGUACAAAAACGUAUUUUAUAAAUCAGAUCCUAUUCUUCUUUAUUCAGGUUCAAAAAGAGUUUUAGAACUGGACAAGUACAAGGAUGAGAAAGGGAGAUCUCUGUUUUCUGACACAAUAGGACAUAGCGAGGACUUCUCUCUUGGGGAUGCACUUUGGCAGUGCUCAAACCUCUUUAGCCAUGUGAAAACUAAAACGAGUCAUAAACGCAUCAUGCUGUUUACCAAUGAAGACCACCCUCAUUCCAAGAACCCUGCCAAGAUCACACAGGCAAUUGCCAAAGCUAAAGAUCUUCGGGAAAUGGGUAAGCAUACAAAUGUGUAUAGUAUGCAUCCAUUGUUCAUAUAUAUAGUCAGGUCCAUAAAUAUUGGGACAUCGACACAAUUCUAAUCUUUUUGGCUCUAUACACCACCACAAUGGAUUUGAAAUGAAAUAAACAAGAUGUGCUUUAACUGCAGACUUUCAGCUUUAAUUUGAGGGUAUUUACAUCCAAAUCAGGUGAACGGUGUAGGAAUUACAACAGUUUGUAUAAAAGUGCCUCCCACUUUUUAAGGGACCAAAAGUAAUGGGACAGAUGUGUGUCAAAGUGAACAACAGUGAUUUGUUAGACUUGUUUUUCAGACUGAUAAGUCAAAGACCAGGAGCAGAGUUCCUAUAUCAGCUUGCAGAACCCAUCCACCAGGACACAAAAUAGGAGGAAGACUAGUAGCUACCAAAAGAGUAUUAAAAAAUAAAAUAAAAAAAUUUUAAGGCACCUGUGGCAGCCCUUGUACCUUGAUAUGUGGUUAACAGUGGUUCACUGGGUUAUGCACUGAUGAAUCGGAAUACAGUUAAUGGUGAUUGCUGAGUUGAGUCAGCUGUAUAUAUUAUGUUUGCUCCUCCAUCCAUAGCCAUCAAAGAAUGUUCAGCAUUCAAGUGAGUGAAGAAGAACGUAUAAGGAGGAUACAUGGUAUUAUAGUGAGAUAUUUAGGAGGCUGAGAAACUAUGGGGCAGAGGUAAACAAGAGAGGUUAGGAAUUAAUGAAGGAUGAAACCUAUAAAAGAUAAAGCAAAAAAAAGGGGAGGGGGGGACCCAGUAAAAUAGUGUAUACCCGUAAAUCAACUAACAAGUCACACAUUGAUAAUUCAAUCCUAGCACUUCGGGAAAACUGACAGAAUGUUAUGCCCCCGAGCUGCUGAAAAGCAUAGUUUGUAGGCAAUCAUCUACUAUUGGAGCUGUCUGUGUGUUGUGUUUCUGUAAAACAUCGCUGUAUGACUUUAUUUAAGGAAUCUUUCUUGACCUGUUGCAUCUGGAGAAACCUGGUGGCUUUGAUAUAUCCUUGUUUUACCGUGACAUUAUAAACAUCGAUGAUGAUGAAGAUUUGGGGGUGCAGUUUACAGCUUCAGAAAAGCUAGAUGACCUCAUGAGAAAAGUGCGGGCCAAGGAAAAUAGGAAGAGGGCACUGACCAGGUACAAUAUCAGAUCUAACUAAUCAACCUAUGUAGCUUUUAACACGUAGGGAAUCAUUAAGUUGACUGGUGGUGGAAAUUCAGAAUAUGGUGAUAUACAGGUACAAAAUUAACUAGCACUGACAGGUGCUUUCAAAUGACUCCAUAUGUGGUUUUAUUGGAUCAUGACUGCAAUUUCACAUUUAUAGUUUAAAUCCUAAUCGGUAAGCAACUAGGUUUAUUACACUUGCAAGUUAUUAAAAUAGUGAGAAGUUGAGUAUGUCCAUAAGGUUGGGGUGUAGGUGCAUAUCUGUGCUGUAUGUUGUAUACACUUUAUUAUUAUUAUUAUGAUAUAUUUAUAGAGCGCCGUCAAAUUCCGCAGCGCUUUACAAUGGGUGGACAAACAGACAUGUAGUUGUAACCAGACAAGUUGGACACACAGGGACAGAGGGGUUGAGGGCCCUGCUCAAUGAGCUUACAUGCUAGAGGGAGUGGGGUAAAAUUACACAAAAAGGUAAGAACAGUGUUAGACUAGUGACCGUUGCAGAAGACGAAUCAGUCAGGAGCGAUUAACCGUUUAAUUGAUACGCUUUUAUGAAGAAGUGGAUUUUUAACGAUUUUUUGAAGGAGUGGAGACUGGGUGAGCAUCUGACAGCUUUACAGGCUGUCAGAGCGAGCACAUGUGCUGUAGGGACUUGUGAUCCGCCUCCCUGUGCUUCCGCGUUCAGUGUGAAGUGCAGGGAGAUGGAUCAGCAGAGAUCUUCUCCCUCUGUAAAAAAAAUAAAGUUAGUUUGAAAUCCCACCCCUGCUUUACCGAUUUUUAAAUAAAAAUAACCCCUUCCCUGUCAAAUGAUCACUGACUUCAGUGAUCAAUUGGCAGGGGCUAUAUUUUACUGUGAUCUGAAUUUUUUUUAAAUUUUUUUUGUAUAUGUGGAUUAAAUUGUUCUAGUGCCUACAGCAAGGGUGCCCAAAAGUUAGAUCCCCAGAUGUUGUAGAACUACAACUCCCAUGAUCCUUUGCAUGUCUUGAGAUUGCCUUUAGAAUAACAAAGCAUCCACAUAUACAUGGCAAAGGUACAAACGGGGGUAUUGUUGUACUCUGACGACAUAACUGAGCAACAUAUGAAAUAUUUUACAGCCAUAGCACACAUAAGAUUUGCAAAAUAUAUUGUGCAAACUCACUUUGAGUCAAAAAGGCAGAAAAAAUGCUUAUUACCACAUUUGGUUAGAAAAAAACUGAAUGGCUGUGUCUCAAAUGUGCCCCUUUAACAUCCACAUAUACCUGACAAAGGUACAAACGGGGGUAUUGUUGUACUCUGACGACAUAACUGAGCAACAUAUGAAAUGUUUUACAGCCGUAGCACACAUAAGGUUUGCAAAAUAUACUGUGCAAACUCACUUUGUGUUUCAAAAAGGCUGAAAAAUGUUUUUCCCCUCACCACAAACAUUUACAUAAAUUGGUGAAAAAAUGGUGACAAUUUAAGGCACUCUAUAUACCAUAAAAGGAAACCCUUUGUGAGGUUAUUUGAACAAACAACUAUAAUACCUCAAAAUGAAACAUAGGCCCAUCAAAUCCAUCUACUAACUAUAGAAACUGAAAUAGCCUUGUCUCUUAUAUGGCAUUGUAGCUUCACAGAAUUCUGCCAAAGGCAUACAAUGGGUGUAUCGUUAAAAUCAGCAGAUGUAACUGAACACAAUAUGGGGUUCUGUGCAGGAAUAGCACACACCAGCUUUACGAAAUAUACAUUACAAAAACCUUGUUAUAUGUGUAUAUGCCAAAAUAGAGAAAAAACACAAUUUUACUCAAAUAUUUAGCAGAUAUUGGCGAUGAAAUGGCUACAUAAAAAUUAUCAAAAUAACCUUAGGUAAAUAGCCUGUGAUGUCUACUAUAUAUAUAUAAAUAUAUACUUUUGUGAGGCAAUUUUGUUUUCUGUGAUGGCUACUAAACCUACAAGACAAACAUACCAACUUCUAAAAUAGUUUCACAUUGAAAUUUUAUUUUAACCCUUUUAUUUUGUGACCUGUAACUUUCAAAAUAAGCUGAAAUCCUAUACAUAUUAUGUACUCUAUAAAUCAAGACACAUAAAUGAAUUUAUUUAGAAUUCCUUUUUUUUUAAGCUGGACAUAUUAUGCACACGCUAUUAUUGCCAAAACUGUGGAAUUUUUUUAUUUAUUUUUUUUUCCAUUUUUUGGGCAUUUGUUUUAUAAUUGAGAAUUUGUCUAUGUAUAUGUGACAUCAAAUUAAUGCCCUUUUUGCCCUUUGAAAAACUGUAUAUAAUAUGUGUUGAACACAAACAGCAAAGAAUGCAAAAAGGGCUUGUGUCCUUAAGGGUAAGUCCAGUUUUUUGAAGCUGUGUCCCUAAGUGGUUAAAUCUUUUUUUUCCUGAAAAUGUUGCCUGCCUAAUUGCUCAUUCAUAUUUAAUACAACCCAUGUUUAAGCCCUUAAAGGUUACUGUAGGCUCCAUAACUGCUUCAUCUGAUUAAAUUGGUUAGUGUCUGGAGUACCCUGAUGUUGUCCUUUCAUGCAGCAUUAAACCGUUUUUAAUAUUUUAUUGGUAAAAAAAAGUAUUUGACAACCCACUCCUGUGCUGCACAGGCUAAUUCGGAAGAAUUAGCCGGAGCAGCAAUGGGCAGCAGUUACUGUCCAAUAGUGUCAACUGACCUCACUUAGCCUAUACAGGAUGAAUCAUUAUGGUAAGAAUCAGUAUGGCUAGAAUAAAGUGUUAUAUCUGCUUGGCCAGACCUUCCGUGGAGAUGGGGCUAAGUAAAGCCAGGAACCCUUAUUCAAUGUUAGACUGCUGAAUAGUGGUUUAACAUGGAGUGGAGGGACAGCGCCAUGGGACUCCAGUCACUAUAACCAAUUCAAUGAGAUUAAAUUGUUCUAGUGCCUACAGCAAGGGUGCCCAAAAGUUAGAUUCCCAGAUGUUGUAGAACUACAACUCCCAUGAUCCUUUGCAUGUCUUGAGAUUGCCUUUAGAAUAACAAAGCAUCAUGGAAACUUUAGUUUCAAAACAUCCGGGGAUCUACCUUUUGGCCUACAGUGUCACUGCUAAUGGCCAAGCAUUUUAACCAAGAAAGGACCUAAAUUAUAAAUGUUAAAACCACUUCCCAUUUUUAUUUAUUUUAUUUUUUAUUAAACUUACAACUUAGCUUAUCAGUAAGAUAUAACAGAAGUCAUACAUUCAUGUAUAUCAGUUACACAAUUUCCAGAUAUAAUCUAUUAGUUACAUGGCUUUGUCUGCUAUGUUACAAAAUGUUCCUGAUACAGUAUGACCAAAGUAAGUGUCCUCAUCAAUUCCCUGUUAGUGUCAUGUCAUGAACUACUCUCAGCUUGUAUUUCCAUGUUUGGAUUUAUUGUUCUUUUUACUUUUUCUUACUGGUUUUAUAAUUUGUGUUCUCUCCUCCCCUCCAUUUUUGGCAGACUUAACUUUAAACUAGGGAAUGAAGUGUGUCUCUCAGUGGGGGUAUUUAACUUGGUUCAUAAAGCCGUGAAACCCGCCCCUGUGAAAUUGUACCGUGAGUCCAAUGAACCGGUAAAGACAAAGACACGAACAUUCAGCAAGGAAACAGGAAGUCUUCUUCUUCCCAGUGAUACAAAACGAUCUCAGGUGCAAAGAUGUCAAAUCAUAACAUAAAGCAUAUUUUUAGAUAACCACUAAAACACUACAUUUAUUUGUUUGGGAAUAGUUUGACAAAACUAGCACUCUCCCCUGCACCCAGAAAUCUCUUAUUCUUCAGCUGACUUGAUAAUACCGAAUUUACACUUUUUGCAUGACAGAUAUCAUUUCUGUGCCAACACUGCUUGAGAUUUGUUGGGUUAUGGAUUGACGGAACACUGUGGGAUGGUGCCCAUUUCCUCUCUACACCAUAGCCACAACACUGGGUUUCAAUUGCUACGGUGCUAAGCCUGCCACUUUAAGUAACACAUAAAUAAUUUUAUAUUAAAACUUAAUAACUUACCUGAAUUAAUGUGCAGAGUGGUACAUAUUUUAUUGUAAAGUGCAGGGUGGUAAAUAUUUUAUUGUAAAAGAAUUACCGUAAUUGCUACAGGGAUACCUAUAACAACAAAUUAAUUAUUCAGCAUUUGCUUCCAUCGGUGCAUGGACUGCAGCAGGAAUAAUAUGAUGUUCACAUACAUUGUACUGCCAAUCAGGUCCAUUAAACUAUUGCACUUUAAUCAAGUGGAACACCUCCUUAAAUAGACAUUUGCAGGAAGUCAUUCUAUUUCAUAUAUUUCUAAUACAGUUUAUAUAGUGCACAAAAAGAGGUCACAUUUAGAAGAAAGGGUGCAUCUAUUGAAAAAGUCAAUCUCUGCUUGCAGCACCUUCCCACCAGUGUUUACCUGUAAUGCUGACCAGUAUUCCUUGUACCGCUUUAAUACAGGACACUCUCUUUCCUACUUGAUUGAUAUAUGUGCAUCUACAUUAAUAAUUGUGUACAUUUAAAGGCAAGAAAGCAAUACGAAGAGAUGGAGUAGGACAUCUCCUCGUAUUGCUUUCUUGAUUUGUUGAAGGAUUUUAGGAGUUUCCUUCGUUUGGGUUGCUUGCCAUUUACAUAUAGUCUGUUAAUUAGCGCUGACUUCCUAUUGUAUUGUGUGCACUUAAAAGCAAGAGUCAGCAUAAACUACAUUGUUAAUACUAUUAUUUGCUACCCUAAAAGACCAAAGAGCACUAUAUUGUUGUUACUAAUUUUUCUACCUUUCACUUGUAUACAGACAUAUGGAAAUCGUAAGAUUGUUCUAGAGAAGGAGGAGACUGAGCAACUGAAGCGGUUUGAUGAUCCUAGUUUGGUGCUAAUUGGAUUCAAACCAAUAAACCUAUUGAAGAAGCAUCAUUUCAUAAAACCUGCACAGUUUGUGUACCCAGAGGAGUCCCUCAUCACUGGUAAGCACAAAUGAACCUUCCAUGGUGGACAGUGAAUUAGAGUUAAAGAUUAACUCUAAUUUAGUGUGUGACAACAGUUGUCAGUGGUAAUGAACUGGUAUCUAGGUUAUUGAUAUCGAUUAUCCAUGUGACACAGUUAUUUAUAUUCCUUUUUGUGAGUCUGAAUUAGUACUCCUUGUUUCCUUUAGGUGAAUUAUUAUUAUCCAAGUUGAAUGGUCUACAAAAUAUUUAUCAGAUUCUAAGGUCUCAACCUAGAGUGUUGUUUAGUUAAAGGAUCACUAUAGGGUCAGAAACACAAACAUGUAUUCCUGACUCUAUAGGUUUAAACCCACCAUCUAGCCCACCUGGAGCCCUCAGGCCUCCAUAAAUAUUGCAAAAUCUUACUUGUAUUCAAGCCUGAAGCUGUAGAUUUGCAUGCUGUUUGCCUCAGAAAAAACAAGCUGUCUGCUGACAUCAUCAGAAGUGGUUGCAUGAUCCAAUCACAAUGCUUCCCCAUAGGAUUGGCUGCGACUGACAAGGAGGCAGAGCCAGCACAAUUCAAACACAGCCCUGGGUAAUCAGCAUCUCCUCAUAGAGAUGAAUUGAAUCAAUGAAUCUCUAUGAGGAAAGUUCAGUGUCUGCAUGCAGAGGGAGGAGAUACUGAAUGUUUGGAUGCAUUUUAGACAGCCAUGACCCAGGAAUGAUCUCUAACAGCCAUCUGAGGAGUGACCAGUGAAGUUAUCACUAGGCUGUAAUGUAAACACUGCAUUUUCUCUGAAAAGACCGUGUUUACAGCAAAAAGCCUGAAGGUAAUGAUUCUACUCACCAGAACAAAUUCAAUAAGCUGUAGUUGUUCUGGUGACUAUAGUGUCCCUUUAACAUCUUCUACAGUUGCAAGAAAAAGUAUGUGAACCCUUUGGAAUGAUAUGGAUUUCUGCACAAAUUGUGAUCUGAUCAUCAUCUAAGUCACAACAAUAGACAAUCACAGUCUGCUGAAACUAAAAACACACAAAGAAUGUUUUUAUUGAACACACCAUGUAAACAUUCACAGUGCAGGUGGAAAAGGUAUGUGAACCCUUGGAUUUAAUAACUGGUUGAACCUCCUUUGGCAGCAAGAACUUCAACCAAACGUUUCCUGUAGUUGCAGAUCAGACGUGCACAACGGUCAGGAGUAAUUCUUGACCAUUCCUAUUUACAGAACUGUUUCAGUUCAGCAAUAUUCUUGGGAUGUCUGGUGUGAAUCGCUUUCUUGAGGUCAUGCCACAGCAUCUCAAUCGGGUUGAGGUCAGGACUCUGACUGGGCCACUUCAGAAGGCGUAUUUUCUUCUGUUUAAGCCAUUCUGUUGUUGAUUUACUUCUAUGCUUUGGGUCAUUGAACUGUUGCAAAACCCAUCUUCUGUUGAGCUUCACCUGGUAGACAGAUGGCCUUAAGUUCUCCUGCAAAAUGUCGUGGUAAACUUGGGAAUUCAUUUUUCCUUCGAUGAUAGCAAUCCGUCCAGGCCAUGACGCAGCAAAGCAGCCCCAAACCAUGAUGCCCCCACCACCAUACUUCACAGUUGAGAUGAGGUUUUGAUGUUAGUGUGCUGUGCCUUUUUUUCGCCACACAUAGUGUUUUGUGUUUCUUCCAAACAACUCAACUUUAGUUUCAUCUGUCCACAGAAUAUUUUGCCAGUACUGCUGUGGAACAUCCAGGUGCUCUUGUGCAAACUGUAAACAUGCAGCAAUGUUUUGUUUGGACUGCAGUGGCUUCCUCUGUGGUAUCCUCCCAUGAAAUACAUUCUUUUUUAGUGUUUUAUGUAUUGUAGAUUUGCUAACAGGGAUGUUGGCAUUUGCCAGUGACUUUUGUAAGUCUUUAGCUGACACUCUAGGAUUCUUCUUCACCUCAUUGAGCAGUCUGUGCUGUGCUCUUGCAGUCAUCUUUACAGGACGGCCACUCCUAGGGAGAGUAGCAGCAGUGCUGAACUUUCUCCAUUUAUAGACAAUUUGUCUUACCGUGGACUAAUGAACAGCAAGGCUUUUGGAGAUACUUUUAUAACUCUUUCCAGCUUUUAUGCAAGUCAACAAUUCUUAAUCAUAGGUCUUCUAAGAGCUCUUUUGUGUGAGGCAUCAUUCUCAUCAGGCAAUGCUUCUUGUGAAAAGCAAACCCAGAACUGGUGUGUGUUUUUUAUAGGGCAGGGCAGCUGUAACCAACACCUCCAAUCUCAUCUCAUUGAUUGGACUCCAGUUGGCUGAUAUCUCACUCCAAUUAGUUUUUGGAGAUGUCAUUGGUCAUGGGGUUCACAUACUUUUUCCACGUGCACUGUGAAUGUUUACAUGGUGUGUUCAAUAAAAACAUGGCAACAUUUCAUUCUUUGUGUGUUAUUAGUUUAAGCAGACUGUGAUUGUCUAUUGUUGUGACUUAGAUCAGUGAUGAUGAUCAGAUCACAUUUUAUGACCAAUUUGUGCAGGAAUCCAUAUCAUUCCAAAGGGUUCACAUACUUUUUUGUAUAUGUAUCUAUGAGUAAGUGAGCAUGUUUAACUCAUGAGGACAAAACAAUGUUGCUGAUUAACGCUUGAUUCUCUUGUUUAUUUGUUUAGAAACAAAUUUAUAUACACAAUGACGUAUUUAAAGGACCACUAUAGUGCCAGGAAAACAUACUCUUUUUCCUGGCACUAUAGUGCCCUGAGGGUGCCCCCCACCCUCAGGGUCCCCCUCCCGCCGGGCUGGAUGGAGAGGAAGGGGUUAAACUUACCUCUUUCUCCAGCGCUGGGUGGGAGACUCUCCUCCUCGGCUGAAUGCGCAUGCUCAGCAAGAGCCGCGCGCACAUUCAGUCAGUCUCAUAAGAAAGCAUUCACAAUGCUUUCCUAUGGACGCUGGCGUCUUCUCACUGUGAAAAUCACAGUGAGAAGGACGGAAGCGCCCACUAGAGGCUGGAUUAACCCAUAGGUAAACAUAGCAGUUUCUCUGAAACUGCUAUGUUUACAGCAAAAAGGGAUAACCCUAGCUGGACCAGGCACCCAGACCACUUCAUUAAGCUGAAGUGGUCUAGGUGCCUAUAGUGGUCCUUUAAUAAAAUGGAACCGUUUGGAAACAUACCUUUUUUGUUCCAUAUGAAGUAAACAGGGCAAUAUUUGCUAGGGAAAAGUAUCUUGAAUUCAUUGUGAAUUGCUCAUUUUUUUUUUUUUUUUUAAACGAUAUCGGAGCAAGACAUCCAAAGGGUCGUAUUACAUAUAACUAAAUUUGAAGGGGAGGUUUAGUUCUUUUUUGCUCCUACCUCCAGUCUUUUAAAAACAUGGUGGGUAUUUUAUUUCAUUUCUGCUUUUGAUGCAGAAUUCAUUCAGUAACCUUCUAGGUUUUGUCCGGUCCCCCCCUUCAUACAGGUGUAUUAACUUAAUUUUCUGCAUUAAUUGUAUUUUGUUUUGUGUUUUUUGUGCUUUCAUCACCUGGUCCACUUUCACACAUAAGGUCUGUAUUUUCAACAUUAUACCGUACCCACUAGGAUUUGUCUCGCUGAAUUUGUUUAGGUUUAGUGAAAGUACUGUCUUUCUUUUGAUACUUCUCAAUUUCAUGUCAUCCAUGCAAAACCGUAUGUUUCUUCCCAUCCUGUUCCUUUCUAGAAAUGGUGCUUCUUGUUACUGUUUUGGCUAGCGGCAGACUUAGCAGUUAGCCAGAAUAUAAUCCAUAAUUGUAGUUUGUGUAUGUAUAUAUGUGUGUGUGUGUGUGUGUGUGUGUAUAUAUAUUAUUCACAACUAUCAAAGUCAGUAGUGUUGCCUAAUCACUGUUCAUUUCUGUCAAAAUUAUAAAUAAAACAGAACUGUGUCAUUCAUCUUUUAGGGAGCACUACUUUGUUUCACGCUUUGCUGACCAGGUGCCAGUCCCGGGAGGUUAUGGCCAUCUGCAGGUAUAUACCCCGCAGAAAUACACCCCCUCGGUUUGUGGCAUUGAUCCCACAGGAGGAGGUACUGGAUGAUGAUAAUGUGCAGAUCAAACCACCAGGUAAGCUAGACCUUUGUAAUCCUGGCAAUAAAUAAUGACCAUUACUUAGACUUAGUGACUAUUAUGAUAUGUCAGUUUAUUGCUUAUAUAUAGGGGUCAUAAUCUGAGAACCAGCCUAGUUGUAGGAGGUGGUAGUUUUAUUCAAAAAAAGUCUCUAAUUACUGGUGUUAAUGAUGAUCAGUUCACAGACCUAUUUGUUUUGGAUUAGCAACUUUCUUAGAACUACAACUCCCAUGAGUUGUAGUUCUAAGAAAGUUUGAUGGCAUUUUAAUACAUUUAGGCCAUUUUCUUUCUGUUUAGAUGCCAGUUUGCAUUAAAGUAUGUUUUUCCCUUCAGAUUAGUAGCAGUGCUUUACAUCUGUGAUUUCUGAUCUGGAGGGAAAAAACAGGCAGACAACUCCCAAACUUUUUAAGAACCUCCCCCAAUUAACCUUUGGACCUAUAAAUUGCCUCUUACCUAGGACAGUCCCAGUUCUUUGCCUGCCUUCGGCAGAGGAGGGUGUCAGGUUUGCUCCCCAGGAGUAUGGUGAGAGGGCGGAGGCUCGGGAGGCUCUGCUUCUAUUUAAACAUUUCAGAGAUCUCCCAGGAAUAAGCACACCGGAUGUCUGCAUCUUCCCUGUUGGUAUUUUUUCCGUCUGUACCAGGCCAGGUGCCGGGCAGAUGAUGGUGCGCAUAUGUGCGCUAGCUGGGAAGUCCUGGCGGUGGAACACAUGUACAGGUUGCGAUGCUUUCCACCGUGGAAUCGCGGCACGCAUGACACAUGCGCAAUGCGAUUUCAAAUUCAGGCGCCAAAAUCUUUAAUAUAGUUUUUUUUUUUUCUCUCUCUCUCUUUUCGUGUUUCAAGAUGUUGGUUUCCAGGACUUAGAGAGGCUGUUUUCCCAGCAGCAACUAACUGUUUGCUAGGUGCACUCAGAAUCUGUUGCAAGUGUGUUCUCACCUUUCCUCCAACACACUUUGAGCCCAUUUAAGGAAAGACUUUUCUGCUUUUAUCUUAAAUGAGUCUAUCCUGAAUUGUUGUUUUUUGUUAAUCUGUGCAACAUGUUCCAACCCAGUUAAGAUGGUUAAACAAAAAGCACAUAUGAUACUAAGUUUAAUGGUACAAACUAUAUGUUUUUAGCUGCUUAUCACAUAAAUAGUGCGGUAAAGUGUAAGCACUUAGUAGAUCGGUCCCAUAGGUUUCUUCUACUGAUAUAUAGGCUAUAUUGGGGUAGAGCCUAUGUGUCUGUGCUCCCUUCCCCAGUGGGGUGCAGGAUAGAUAAUAGGGUGUUAGAUAGAGAUUGUAUCAAUUAUAAUUACUUUAUGUUUAGAAAAUCAAGUAUUCGUUACUAUUGCUUUGAAUAGCUGCUACACAGUAAUAAGUGAUGAUGGGUUCCAAUAAUCACUAAUUGCUACAUCAGAUUGGGUAAUUUAACAGUAAAGGGUUCCUGUGAAAUAUAUUACCAAUCCUUCAUAGGCAGCAAGUCCCGGAUGACAAUUGGAGGAUUAUCCGCUGUAUUAAAUCUUUAGGAGGCUGAUUUAAAAUCUUUUUUUUUCAGUUAAGUUGCUGUUGUAGCAGAUGGAUUCGUUAAAUACAAAAAUACAGAUUUAGACCACCCAGUUGCAGUGCAUAUAAGCAAUAAAAAAGAUAAUUACUUCCUUUUAAGUUUAGUAUAACAAAUGAUUCCUCUCAAUCCUCAAUACAUAUGGAAAAAAUAGGAUAUACCUAAACCUAUAAAAUAAAGAAAGAAAAGGCUCAUGGGGAAUAAUGUAAAUUCACAAAUAGCCCCUUAUUUCAAUGUCACACUCACAAAAUUGAAGUGAUUUUCAGGCUCAUCAAUUUUGUAGGUUUUCACGAGUUCCUCAUAAUAAGGAUGAUGAAUGUCGCAUGCAAAAGAUAAAAAACAUAGUACAGCACUGUCAUAAAAUAUAAAUCAGCUUUAAUGGUUGCACUUACAGUGUAAAUGAUGUAAAAAGGCCCAUCAAUACAAUUCUGUAUGUCCCAUCAGUAUGAAGUAGGGUGAUCCUCACAGAAGUAUUAGGCAGAAAAAACAAAUAAAUAAUUAAAAUAAGAAAUAUAACUCUACGCGUUUCGUCUGUAAUGUCAGACUUCCUCAGGAGUAAAAAAUCAAGUAAGGUGCUUCAAAUCUUCUGGGAACUACAGCUGUCUUUUUAAAAGUCCCUCCCUCCGGCUUUUCGUUCUGUUCCUCCAAUCCGCUGCUUUCAGCUUUUAGCUAGGCUCCAGUUGCUCGUCCUCUAUUUCCUUUUAUGGAGAUCUGGAAAAAACGUCUGUGGAACGCAUGUGCGUUCCGCUGAUCCGGAAAUGUUCUCAUUUUAUCAUUCUGACGAGCUCAAGGAUUCGUUAAAUGCCUGGAACCUCGGCUGCAGUGAAUGUUUCUUAGAGCAUGCAGUAGGAUUUUAGCGAACACUGUAGACAAAACUCUACAACUCUGUGGAAAUUAACAUUAUCACCACUUCAACUUGUUUCACCUGAUCUCAGUUUCUUAAACGUGCAGUCUGUUUUCCGCUGGGGCAGAACUUUUCCUGUGCUUCAUUCCAUGAUUGCACAUUUUAUGUUUUUGUGCUUUUUUUAAAAUUCCUAGUCCUAUAUUGUCAGUUAAAAAUGCUGGAUUGUGCUAGACUGUUUGUUGGAAUAGCAAAAUUUAAAGAAAUGCUUCCUAAAAUUGUUUCCUGCAGAGUUGGCAUCAAACCGGUUUUGAAAUGCAGUCUGCAGCCAUUCUGUCUGCUCAAGCCUCUGCUUCCCAAAUACGGCUAAGGAAAACCUAUAUCGUGGGUAUUGUCUUACGCAGGCUCUGUAUCUAUGUGAACAGUCUCUCUUCAGCCACUAAAGAGGUUAACCUGUAUGAACUAGCCUCCAUGGAAAAAUAUUUAUUCCUCAUGUUACUGGGCUUGACUUCAAGUUCUAGUACAGCUGCAGGCCUAUUGAUCAUGGGACAUUUCCACCAUAUUCAUUUUGUACCCUGCACUGCCAUAGAUACGGUAUGACAGGGUUUGUGUUACUACCUAGGUUUAUUUGCCGUUUUCCUUUUAAGAAAGAGCUUAUAUGGCAAUUGCCGCUUGUGAUUCUCUCACUAUGCUGAAUGUUCCCAUCCAUAAAUUUGUUGGUUUUCUACAAUACUGCUGGCUAAUGGGCAUCUAAUUUGUUUUUUGUACACAAGCCCCUAAAGGUUAGGGUAUUUUUUUCUACUGACUAAACAAGGAUGCUAAUGAAUCUUCUGAUGAAGAAUUCCCUUUACCUGAGGUGUGCAGUUUCUGUUGCUUGACAAGGAACAGUUCAGGUGUGAACAUAUUUAUUUAUCCUUUGGCAUUCCCAUUGAAGGUUUUGAUUCUAGGGAAUGUUAGUUCCCAGGAAUUUUUUUUUUUUUCCCCUCAUAUCUUAUCACCUGAAAUCUCUCUUCUACUCCUGUAGACGAGAUGCUAGGGAAAUUCAUUUUUUUUUCUUCCCGUCUUUAAAGAAACUGUUUGUCUCUUCAGCUUCUCUAUGCACAGCACUGUUUACACUGGUUCUUCAGUAGCAGAGGCACAGUAAAAUUUGCUGGUGGAAUUUGAAAAGAUUUUGCAGAAAAUUCUAAUACUUCUGUCAUUCCCUUUUGAACCAGGCAGAAAUGAAUGAUGCCAGACGGUUCUUACUUUUCCGUUCUAAUCCUCAAGACAAUCAACCUGUUUUCUUUGGGUAUCAAAGUCUGUAUCUCGGGCGGCUAUAGUCUGAAUUGACUUACUAAUGGUUAGUUUUUAAAGCUGAGCAGACUUGUUCCUGGUUUAUUUCUGCAUGGGAGACCAGCCGUAUCUUACCAUUGAUGGAAUUAGGAUUAAAUCAGAACCCAGCAAAGAUUCCUAAGGUUCGAUUUACAGCAUACCAGUCUGAAAGUGCCUGAUUUCGUCACAUCUCAGAAGCAAUCCAGACUCGGGCCUGGUUAGGAUUUGUAUGGGAGACCAACUAGGAUCCUCAGGUGCCGUAAGCUUAAUAUUGCAUUAUUAUUAGUAGCAAACCUCAUCAGUACAGGAGAGCAGGCAAUACAUUUCACAGUACACACACACACACUAUAAACAAUUACAUUACACACACCCUGCACCUAUAAUGGGACAGGGUGACUAAAACAUAAAAGAAAUAAAGCAACCUACAUAAAUAGUCUGUCUGAAGGUAGAAUAGGGGCUUUAAAGCCAAAUACAUCAAAGAGUCAUAGUCACUGGGGAGGAGGCUGGCAAGCAGGCCUCUCCAGGACCAAGUGGCGAAGGGCACUUCGUCACACCUUCUCAUAAUUUUCUUCAGCCUCAUGCUGAUUUAUUCACACAUUUGGUAAACUUUACAUUUAGGCCUGUUGACCUCGGAAGAUGCAACUUUGGGCGCAGGUUGUUGCAUGCAGUUGUGUAAUGAGUCCCUCCCUUAGGGGAUUACUUUGAUUUAUCCCAGAUGUAUAGCACUGCCUCUAAUCUGAAGGGGAAAAACUACAUUUUUUACUUACUGUAAAUUUCUUUUUCCGGAAGAUUAGAGGCAGUGCUCACUUCCCCCCCCGAUUUGCUGAUAGACUAAGUUGUGCUGUUAUUCGGCUUUUGUAUUUUCUGGGGCUGUCCUAGGUAAGAGGCAAUUUAUAGGUCCAAAGGUUAAUUGGGGGAGGUUUUUAAAAAGUUUGGGAGUUGCCUGCCUGUUUUUCCUCUAAUCUAAUCUUCUGGAAAAAUAAAUUUACGGUAAGUAAAAAAUUUUGUUUUCUUGCCCAAGUUUCGUAGAUUACUCAGUUGUGUAAAAAAAAAAAAAAAAAGUCAACACACGUCAACUGUAUCUCUAGCUACCUUGGCUUCAUUCAGUAGUCCUAAACCAAUAAUAGGGGAAACUAUUUAUAAUAUCAAUGGAUAAUCUUUUCACUUUAAAUCACAAACUGUACAACUAGGGAAUUCUUCAAGAAGAUGGAAAAAUCGUUCAUAACUUAAACCUUUAAAUCAUAAAAUCGUAAUGAUAAUGUAAUGAUACUAGGAACAAAAACAUUUUAUGUUGUAUUCUAGAUUUCCUUCUUAUUGAUGUUUAUGUAUGCAAAUUAAACAAUGGCAUGAACAUGUACCAAAUAUCCCAUACUCUUGUGUUAAUGACUUGUAAUCCCCAAAUUGACAGAUUUGUUGCAAAUUAAACAUAUAUAUUUAUUUUCUCUUCUCAUAGGCAUAAUAUAUGACAACAUCUAAAAGUAAUACUUUAUGUAAUGUUGCAUAUUAGAGCAGCCACGAUGAAACAACCUUUUCUAUGAUACAGUUCACUGUCACUCCAAGGUUAACCAUCACAGUAUUAAGCCAAUCACAGCUCUAUGUUCUGCAGUGUUGCACAGUGGGUAAAUACAUGAUACAGUGCAGGUUAUUCUAAGAAAACCAGUGAUGAAAGGUUCUGCUAAAACGAUAUUACAUUCUAACUACUAGCUGUUUUUAAACUGACAAGUAAAGCAUAGAGCUAUAUUUACUAAACUCAGAUUUAUUGCAAAUUAAAUCUGGAUAGUAAUUUUUUCUAGGUCAGCUAUUUUUGUCUGUUUUUCCAUUAACAUUUAUUUUGUGAAAAUUUGGAGUUUAGAGAAUAACCCUUAUAGUGUUCUUUUAUUUUACAUUUAAAAAUCUUGUUUUAAACCUAACAGAACAUAAAUUUGUAAACAAACUUAAAGGUCCACUAUAGUUCCAGGAAAACAUACUCGUUUUCCUGGCACUAUAGUGCCCUGAGGGUGCCCCCCACAGCCGGGCUGGAUGGAGAGGAAGGGGUUAAACUUACCUCUUUCUCCUGUGCUGGGCAUGGGGCUCUCCUCCUCCUCGGCUGAAUGCGCAUGCGCGGCAAGAGCCGCGCGCGCAUUCAGCCAGUCCAUAGGAACUAUGGACGCUGGCGUCUUCUCACUGUGAAAAUCACAGUGAGAAGCAUGUAAGCACCUCUAGCGGCUGUCAAUGAGAAAUAUUUUUUUUAUAUGUAUAUGUUAUACACAACCUUGACCAUCAAUGUAUCUAAACAUCACUUAAAGAAAGAUCUAUCAGUGCACUAAUAAUAACCAGUAUACAAAAAUCUAAACCAAUAGAUGACACUUUCUAGUCGAUAUGAAAAAACAAACAUUUUAACUGACAAAAUGUUUGUUGUAGCUCUCAACUGCCCUUUCCCGAGUGUCACAUAUUUGCCGUAAUUGGGCAUAGAGAGAAGAUGACCAUCUAAUGGAUUGUUCAUAAUUUUUAUUUUCAAAAACUAUAUAGCAAUGUUUUCCCUCUUUAUUGGUUUCCCUACCAGUAUGUCCGUAGAACAGCGGUCACUGAUUUUACAGUAUGCAAAACAAUUUUUUGUGCCUCUGAUUUUCUAACGGUAGUCAUUUUGUUGGCAGUUUUAUCAAUGUUAAAUGUUAUUAAAUUUGGUUCAUCCUUGGAUAGAAGAAAAAAUGUUUUUUUGGGUUUUUUUUUUCUUCCUGCAUUCAGGUUUCAGUCUUAUUUUCCUACCGUUUGCUGAUGACAUACGAAAAGUUGACUUCCCAGAAAAGAUUACUGCUAGUGAUGAGCAGGUCAAUAAAAUGAAAGAAAUUGUGCAAAAGAUGAGAUUUAAAUACAGGUAUGUUACCCUUAAUAGAUAUAAAGUUGAUGGAUUUGAGAUAAAAUUAUUUUCUACCAAUGUAGGCCUCCUUUUAAUAUUGUUGGAUAAGCUUUCCAAAGGAUGUAAUAUGGUAGGAUAAACUUUUAAAACGAUUUAAUAUUGUGAAAAAUAUUUUAUCAUGGUUUUUAAUGUAUUGAUAUAUUUUCUAUAUAUAUGUUUGAUAAGCUUUCCAAAUAUUUUUUUUAAAUAUCAAAGUAUAUUAAAUUGAAGGCUUGGUUGGAACACAACAAAAUACUUUAUUCACAGGGUUAAAUCUUCAAAUCCAGUGGUGCUUUGAUCAUAUGUAUAGCAUUGAACUUUCCAUAUUUUCUACUGAGACUGUGAGUUUCAUGGAUAGUCACUGGGCUCCCUAUAAGGAGAGUUGCUUGUAUCAACAAACUCUUUGUCUGCCUCGGAAAUCAAAAAGCCAUCAUUUCUAUCUCUAAGGUAAAUUAAAUGCCAGUACCCUGCAAUUAUGAUCAAAAAGAUAUUCUAAAAAUCAGAUGAGAGAGUAAAAAUGGGGGCUAAACUAGCUACCAUUUGUGCCUAUCUAAAAAUAGUUUGAGGAGCCCAGAGAUUUUUAGUGUUUGCGAAUGCAUCUAUGAAUUUCAUAGAAAUAAAAUCCGUGGUAGCAGGUGGAAAUAUGUUUGUUUUUCUAGACACAUUGCUUAAUACGAAUGCAUUAUGUUAUCCAGUUUUAUGGGGGGGGAUUGUGUAAAACCUGUACACUUUACACCAGAUUCUGUGUCCAACAGGAAAUGAACUGCUAAAGGCAGUAUACAUUCCCAGUAGUAGUAUUCCUGGAAAUGUUUGACUUUCAUUAUACAUUACAUUAUAGCGUAAGAAAUACACAUUUGAAAGGGACCGGUCAUGCCUGCACCUGGUGUGGUUUAACAUAUGUUAAUUAAUUUUAAUGCUUUAGUCUGGCAUGAAUAUAAAACACUGUUCAUUUUGAACAACCACCACCCUGUGCUGUAAAGCUAAUGAUCUGAUCACACCAAUUCUGAUUCACGACUUUAUUUUUGUUCUAUUUCUUUUGUCUAAUGUGCACUUGGUACAAUGUGCAUUUACAGUUUGUUACAUAUGUUUUAUAUAUAUAUAUAUAUAUAUAUAUAUAUCUCCAUUUGACAUUUUAAAAUAAAUUAUUUAUCUUUUCCAGCACCAAGGCUCCCUUGGCGCAGCUUAACUCUCCGCCACCCGCAACUUCUCACGCCAUGCCUGCGUGCACAUAUCCAAGCUUUCCCAGAGGAAGGCGUUUAAUCGAUGCUUUCUUAUGGGGGUCGAGUUUUACUCUGUCAAUGCCUCAGAAGCACCCCCUGAUGGCUGUUAUUAGGACAACCACUAGGGGAGGAUUUAACACUGCAAUGUAAACAUUGCACUGCACCUAGGGCCAAGUCAUUGAGAUGAAGUGGCCUGGGUGACUUUAGUGGUUUUUGGCAUCUGUUCCUAGAUGUGAUUCUAGUACUCCAUAGACACAUACAGAAAACACACAAAAUCUGUCAGCUUAAAUAACAUUGUAAUACACUAAGAACAUAUUUCUGGUUGCAGAUUCCUGUCUGGUUAUAGUUUUCUGUGAUGCUUCUUGGUGUAACUGUUCCUCCGGUGUUUUUUAGGAGUGAUGCCUUUGAAAACCCUGUACUUCAGCAGCACUUCCGUAACCUAGAGGCCCUUGCUUUGGAUAUGAUGGAACCAGAGCCCAUUGAGGAUCUGACAUGUAAGAUUUGUUUAUUUCAUUGUAAUACAUAUCGACCAGAUGCGUAGAACUAAUUGUACAGUUCAAUAACCAUCUCAUAAAUCAUUUAGGGAGGUCACACUUUAGUGUCCCAAUAGGAUGGGAAAGGUACCAAUUGAGGGGGUCACCCUCUUAUGAACAGUCCACCAGGAGGUCAGGGGGUAUGAAUGUGGGGGCUCAACACAGCUGUACCUCUGUGAUACCAAGUUUAUACAGUGACUUGUUGAUGCAGGAAGUCCGGCUUCAAUCCAUAUAUGUAAUCCGAAAGGGGGGACACCCUUGAGUAUGAGAAAAUGCCUGAGUCUGGGUUCACCCCAUUGGUAAGGAAGGUCACCCUGUUAUUAUGCAGCUACUUGAUCAGCCCCCUGUAUAGGAGUCAUGUGGUACCACUAGAUAUUGGCAAUAACUCCACCAAUGGUAAAACCUGAAACAUAUAUUGGCACUAUGCAGGGGGGGGGUCACCCCUAUACAUCAGUAAUUGCUUUAUUAGGUAACCAAGAACUGAUGCUUUUCUCUUUUAGGUAGAUAGUGAUCCUCACAAUCAAUAAGUGCAGCAUCUGACUUGCAGGUGUAUUUCAAUAUAACAGUGUUAUAUUAUGUAACAAUAGAAGGAAAUUAGUAGAUAAAUAUAUGGAUGAGCAGUCAUAGUAGGAGAAAAAAACGCAGUCCCAUUUCAGACUCUGUGAAUCACAAUCUGAGUACACUAAAAUGGCUGCUGAGGAUUUUGCGAGAACCAAGAUGGCCGCCGUUUGUGCCAAAACGCGGCCCCGUCGGAGCAAACACAGUGCGCCCCAUGCCCCUUUGACCCACAGUACCCUACCUAAGUUUCCCUGGAUGGAAAACAAGCCAACAUAAAAUAUUGUGAUCGAGACAACCACUGCCAAUGAAUCAAAGCAGGUCAUCAGUGGCUGAGCGGCCCAGACCUGUAUAUUGAUAGAAAUAAGAGGCACAGAGGUAGGGAUGACACAGAAAGGGCACUAAAAGCUGGGUAGACAGAGUGGUGUAAGGGUAAAGGCACACAUUGAAAGCAGUAAUAUAACCGUGUUCGCUGGCCCGCUGACCCCCACCCCACCCCCCCAACACUCUCAGAAUCCCCUGAUUAGCUCUAAAUAGAGGCCACAAACAGAAUAGAGUGAGGGGGAGAGAGCCAGGAAAACCCCAAACUCAAGCCUGAGGUGGACGAAAAACAUAAGGCCAUAUGGAAGGCUGAAAGAAAGUUUAAAUAAGGUAUUGAAAAGGCAGCAGACAGUAGUGGGGACUAAAUAAAAUCAGCAUCAAGUAAUGAGACAACACAAAUAUGACAAAUUAAUAAGUAUAUUAGCUAAACACUGGAAGAAAUCAAAAAGACGAAAUACUCUGACCUGUGCUUUAGCAGAAGCAGCAAAGAAAGAGGAGUUGUGGUGAUGGCCUUUUACACCCUUUUAUAGGUACACUGCAUUAGCAUAAUCCCAUAAUUGUAUAGUUAUUAUUUUAUUUAUAUAGCGCCAGCAAAAUUCCAUAGCGGUGUACAAUGGGUGGACUAACAGACACGUAAUUGUAACCAGACAAAUGGACAUACAGUAACAGAGGGAUUGAGGGCCCUGCUCAAUGAGCUUACAUGCUAGUUCAAUAACAAACAAGAUUACACCAGUAGGGUGAUAGAAUUACAAAAUUAUACUUAAAAUUCAUGCAAUUUCAUUUUUUAGUCAUCUAGACUGUAAAAAAAAACCAAAAAAAAAACCCACCAAAGCAGACCCAAAUAAAUUUACAUGUACAAUCUUUUAACCACCUAAUUUAAGAAGUGCACUGAUCAUUUAUAUAGGAGCAGUAUGCGUCUCAUGAAUACAAGCAAAGGUGAUGUCAGUACCCUUUCAUCAGAUCAGCUUAGAUACCUGGGAGUUCACAUGUAAUGUCUACUAUAAGUUAUAGAAUGUCCGAAGAAAGAGCAGAAAAUGUGUUAGAUGUCUCUGAGGAAGCUGUGUAAUGAGUUUGGAAGACUUCCUGGUUUGCAAGGUCGGUAGCAUUCUGCUUCAUCUAGGGUUCUUGGAGUAAGAAUGUAAGACUAUACCCAAUUUUUUUUUUUUUUUAUCUGAGUAUAUUUGUUUAUCUAGUGCCAAAGGUGGCGAUGAUUGAUAAUCGCGUGGGCUCUCUGGUGGAUGAAUUUAAGGAGAUGGUUUACCCUGCAGGGUACAACCCAGAGGGCAAACCUGUAAAAAGAAAACAAGGUAUGUAUGAUAUGCAUCACGUACAAUGGCAUUCCUUUUUUGUGAUGUAUAUAGAUAUAUAUAUGAAUUUUUUUUUUUUACAAAAACCCAUGAGUGGUUCUAUUUCAGUAUAUUUUUAUAUUUGUGUGUGUGUAUAUAUAUUCUCUCUCAUUAACUCUUACACUGGAAUACAGAAUGUCCAGGCACUCAGAGAAUUUCUUCUGGAAGGCAGUCUUUACUUGGAAAUUGAAAAUAUAAUGUUUUGGCUCCUAUGUGAGAAUUUAUUUCCUAAUUCAAAAUAAAGACUGCCUUUCCAGAAAAAUAUUACUUGAUGUGCCUGGACAUUCUGUCCUCUCAUCCAUUGGAUACUUGGGGAACUGCACUCGCUGUUUGGAGGACCCUGAUAAAAAGUAAUCCCCUCCCUCCCCCCCCCUAGUAUGUGCACUUCUCUCUACCUGGUUACUAACGCUGUUAAACUGUCCACAACUAUUCAAUAAAGUGUGAUUUGUCAGGAAUUCAAAGUGACUGUCAAAUUUUAGGACACAAUAGCCAAGUGGAAAAAUUCAGAUAUAUUUGUUACUUUGGUCUAUGAUUUGAAUUCCCAAGUAUUCAUAGUAUUCAUACUUCAUUGAGCACCUCUGUAUCAUUUUCUUGAAAUCUCACAUCUUGCUUCCCAUUUAUCUAAAGCAGUAUCUGACAAUGUCCUAGAAAAGUAUGUUGAUAUAUUUUACUUUAGCAUUAGAAACAUCACCCUUUUUACUUUAAGUUCAGGCCCCAGCCAGGAUUAAUGCUCAAAGGAAAACUAUAGCUUAAGCAAUAUAAACAUGUAUUCCUAAUGUUAUAAUGUCCCUGCCCCUAUAUCUAUCCCCCACCUUUGCAAUAAAAAAAAGUAAAGUUUUACUUACCUUUUUCCGUGGCCGAGGCUCCCUUGGUGCUGCUUACUUCUUCCCGCGACAUCAUGGAGGAGUUAGUGAGGACCCGUUGUGCAGCGAGUGCCACGCGCAUGUUCUAGCUUCCACAUAGGAAGGCUUGAAUCAGUGCGUUCUGCAUCACGCAACCAAAUUUAACUUUAGACAUUUGCUGUCUGUGUAACAGGCACUGGGUGUGUAUUUAACCUUGCAAUGUAGACAAAAAUAAAUAAAAACUGCAAUGUUUUUAAACUGCCUUGAUGCUUAGCCAGAGCAUCAGUGACAUUAGUUAGCCAUCAUCAGGGAAUCUGAUUAUGGAAAACUGCUCAUGUUCUUAUCUUUACAGGUGAUGGAGAUGGCCCCGGUGAGAAAAAAGCCAAAGCAGACAUUUCAAUCUCUGAAGAAGAACUGAGGAACUUUGUAAAGAAUGGGACACUAGGAAAGCUGACUGUGCCUGUGUUAAAAGAGGCAUGCCGAAUGUAUGGGCUGAAGGGUGGAAAGAAACAGGAGUUGGUUGAUGCCCUUGUAGGUCACUUCAAAAAGAACUAGUCACCUUGAUCAGUCAGUGAGAGAUGAUCUUGUAUAGGCAUAUGCGGAUUCAAAUAGCCUUCUGUUAUAAUUACUUUGAUCAUCCAACUCUAUACCAUUAUUGGAGUUUAUAAAAGAUCACAUUUCCUAUAUACUGGAAGCUAUCAAUAUGUGGACGAGCAGGUCUUAUGGACUCUGCUUGCUAUGGAAGUAAGAAUUCUUGCUAGCCAUGUCAUUAAAAGCUUGAUUGUCAGUGUUCCAUGCUUUUUUUUUUUUUGUAAAUUAAAAAUUGCAUUUUUAGGUUUGCCUUUCUACCUAGUUAAAAUGCCAUUUUCUGUGCUACUUUCCUUCCACGUAUGUGAAAAGAUGCCAGUAUAUAAUUUUGGAACAGUGGCAAUUGAGAAUUUGGUCAUUUAUUUACCACUUUAUGUGCGGGUACAUGGUGGAUUCUUUUUGUAGUGCUAUUUCCAGUAAUUUGUAUCCUCUAGUCAAGGAUUGGCUUUUUCCCAUCCAGUUCGUUAUCGCAAUAAAUAUGUAGUCCCAACGUGGCUGCAACUGUAUCUUAUCCAUGAGCUCAGAUUUUAAAAUAAACAUUUCCAGGAGCAGUUAAAAACAAAACUAAUUAGAAUGAAACAUAUACCUUUUUAUGUCUGAUUGUUUCAUGUUAAACAAUAGUGCUUAUGCGUUCAUAUAUUAGCAGCAAAAGCAAAUAGUUACAGCAAUGAAAUGGUAGCAUUCAAGCCAUUAUUUCACUGUGCUAGUCACAGUAUCUUUAACGGAAGAAAAUGCAAAGAUAACCAACCACAAGUGCAUUUAUUAAAAAAGCUAGAUAGGGUUACUGUAGAAAUUUCCCUAUCCUUCUAAAACUACACAUGGUACAAUUUUUAUAAUCCAAAGAAAGAUUUCCUUUAAGCAAGUUAGCCUGUAGUCCAGGAAUAGGCAGCUUUUGGCACUCUAGAUGUGGACUACAUCUCCCUUGAUGCUUUGCCAGUAUUAGGUCUGUUAAAGCAUUAGGGAGAUGUAGAUCACAACACCUGUGCUGUAGUGGUCUUUCACUGUUCAUUCCUUUGAAAUUAAACCUCUCUACUUUUGUGACUCAUUUUGUUAAUGUUUUGAAAUAAACAUUUUGUAUAUGCUUAUCUUUUAUAUUGAGGGCUGUAGAGGUGGAUCUAAAGUUUGAGCCAUGGUACACCAUGCAAAAAAAAAAAAAAAAAAAUGUCAUACAUGCACCUUGCUCUCCAUUCAAAAAAAAUAAAAUAAAAAAUGUUGCUCUUCAACCUGCCAUGUAUGUAUCCAUCCUUCUACUGGGAGCAAUAAGUGAGUGUAUGCAAAUUUAAUGCUGAAGGCAAAUGACAAAGUCCACAUAUUUGUGUAUCCUAAAGUGAAGCAUGUUGAAUGAUUGAGUCGAAUUUACUAGUAAAGAAAAAAAUGACAGAAUUGCAAUUGUGUAUAACUGUGUAAUCACACAGUAGCUUAGUGACUAUAG